AUGAAUUCGCCCUUCACUGUAGUCGUAGUACCGGAGAUUCCGGUUUACAACUCGGACCCGGAGCUCGUGUCGGCAAUCUUACUGCUGUUGAGCACACCGUUCAGAUCAUUCAAAAAGGAUAUGCUGGGAGAAGACGGCAAAGGGACGUACGAGGCUACAUUUGAAGACCGCAAAGACUCUAUGCCCCACGUCAACAAUUGUGCUGAGGCUAAGGUGCACUAUAACAAUAAUGGUAGGAAAUUCCCGAUAGUCACCUUGAGUUGGUAUGACUUGCUUGAAUUAGACCCGGAGCUCAUUGCGAAACAUAUUCCUGAGAUGAAGGGUAAAGGUAGGAGUGGGUUUUAUAAAGGUGAGAUGUGCUGGCACUGUGCAAAGGCACGGUAUUGUUCAGCUGAAUGUCAGAAACACGCGCGAUGGCACCACGCGAGGACCGAAACAAUCGAAUAUAGGUGCCAGAAGGAUUGGUAG